AUGAUUGCCAGUGGCAGGUUCAUGAUGACAGUUGGGGAAGUGAUCACUCUCCGUGCUUCACUUUUCUCGGUAUCCCACCUCCAUGCGAUGAAAUCUCAAACCCUAGAGAGCGGUGGAACUUCUCCAAAGGAGACUGGUCAAAAUUCAGAACGGAAUGCAAUAAAGCAUGCAGCAGUAAUACCUCUGCUCAAACCAGGGACGGAGGAGGCAUCGGCCAACUCAUAUCGCCCAAUAUCCCUCACAUCAAAUCUGUGCAAGAGUAUGGAGGGAAUGGUGAACAUUCGCUUAAAGCACCACCUUGAGACAAACGCACUCUUAUCCCAUGACCAGAGCGGUUACAGAUCAAACCGCUCAUGUCUUGACCACAUUUUCCGACUGGAAAAUGAUAUCAGAUUAGCCCAGGUCAAGAAACAGUACCUAGCUGCUGUCUUUUUAGACUUCAGCAAAGCCUUCGACAUGGUAUGGCACGAUGGACUCCUCCAAAAACUAGAGAAUGUUGGUGUUCAAGGGAAACUGGCAAACUAUGUUCAAAGUUUUCUGCAAGAAAGGUCAAUAUCAGUCUUAGUUGGAGACCACCUGUCUGAUCGACAUAGGUUAGAUAAUGGCACGCCGCAAGGAAGCAUUAUCAGUCCCACACUCUUCAACAUCAUGAUUGAUGACCUAUUUGAACAUGUCCGUAAGGACGAUAACAUCAUCACCUCUAAGUUCGAUGGUGUGGAAAAAUGGUGCGACAAAUGGGGAUUUACCAUCUCACCUGAGAAAACAAUCGGAGUGGUAUUCAAGCGGAAGGGUAGCAGAAUAUGCAACACACCCAGUCUCAAACUCAAGGGCAAAACGGUCAAAUUUGAGAAAUCAGCUAAGUUCCUCGGGGUUACUUUCGACCAACACCUCACAUGGGCAAAACACAUAGACAGCAUAGCCCAUAGGUGUCAGAAAGACCUCAAUGCAAUAAGAGCUGCAUCCGGCAGCUCUUGGGGAGCUAACAGCGAUACUCUCCUGACCCUAUAUAAGACCCUCAUCAGAAGCAAAAUAGACUAUGGGUGUGAAGCAUACCACAGCGCCUCCAAAACGGUUCUAAACCGGCUUGAAACGAUUCAAUAUCGUGCUCUUAAACUGGAUACGGGCGCGGCGGCCCAUACCUCCCACCUACUAGUGGAAACUGGGGAGCUACCACUCAAACUCAGGCGUGAGAAGAUGACAUUGAACUAUUGCUGCUCCAAUCCACUUGUCACUAGACUAUGGGAAGAGAAACUCUACCCCGGACGCAUGAAAGCAUGGCUCCAAAAGAGACCUGACAUAGCACCAGGCGAGCUCAGAGGCAUUCAGCUUAGGCGAGAACACGGAUGCGACCGGGUAGAGCCUCCAACAUGUCAAAUGACAGUGCAAUGUCCCCCAUGGGAAUUAAAAUCACCCAAUGUCGAUACCAAUCUCACAAAUGAAGUGCCUAAAAGUGAGAACCCAAUGUUGCUACGAAGCAUUGCGCUUAGUAGGAUUGACUCACUUUACGAAGACUCAGCUCACAUAUAUACUGACGGAUCCAAGGAUCCUGUGAGAAAUAGAACCGCCUAUGGUAUCCAGAUAUACACAGCCUCUACCAACCAAACAAUCUCGGUCCGCCUCCCUGACGGACAGUCAGUCUACACAGCGGAGCUAGAAGCCAUACACCAUGCACUAAGGUACAGUGAAAACCUUAGAGAGAAAAGAGUGGUCAUCCUCUCUGACUCUCUCAGUGCACUACAGUCACUGGCGACUAAGCAUUCGAGCAGUAGACCUGACACCAUCCGAGACAUUUUGGUUCUCAUUCAGAAACUAAGAAGGGAAAAUGAGAAAGAGAUCACACUGUGCUGGAUACCAUCUCACAUGGACAUUCCCGGUAAUGAGAGAGCCGACAAACUAGCUAAACAGGCGCUAGAAUUGGACGUGUCACUGGAUCAUCCUUACUCAAAAAGCGAAAUUCGAAGUAUGAUCCAAGAAAUUAUAUCAAUCAAGCCAGUCUUCAGUUUGCUCGAGGGCGCCAAGGAGAUUAUACCACCCAAGCUCCUGACCUCAGAGGACCAGCCCAGCCAGAACAGGGAGACAAUAUCACCCAGGCUCCGCCCACCACGCUCACGCCGGUCGCACAGCCUGUCAUCAUGCCCGGUUGCCAGACUGGUCCACCAGUCCACCAUGCGUCCCAAAGAGGGACAACACAUGCGUCCCAAAGAGGGUCUUGAAACAGGGCGUGGCCGUGUCAACCCCCUAGAGUAA